AUAUCUGAACUAAGAGAAAAUGGUGUUUAUGGGAUUUUGUGCUUCUUUUUAUAGAAGGUCUGAUUUUUUUUUCCUGCUUGUUUUUGUAUAUUAGAAGGCCUGGUCUUAUCUGCUUUGUUUUUCCUUCAAGAACCUAUGAAAACUGGAAAUAGAAUUAUGACAUCACGGGUACCAAAGAAGUGUAACCAGGUUAAGAGGGAAAGGGAUUUUUAUUCAAGACUGUUUAAAACUUUGUUUUACUGUUGCAUCUAUUAAAUACAAAUGCCCUGCCACAGCUUAAGAAAUAGUCUCUUUGUUAAAGAACACUGCCUCUUCAGAUAAAGUUUGAAAAGUGUUAUGGUUGAUCUCCUGUCAGAGAUAGCUAUGCAAUACAGAGCUUGAGCCCAGUGGGUGUGGAAUUAUGAGCAAAGGGCCAUAUUCUGCUCUGUUACCCCAAUGUAAAUCCGUUGACUUCAGUGGAGUUACUGUGGAUUUACACCAGUGUAUCUGAGAACAGAAUUUGGCUCACACUGAGGUUCAGCCCUUAUUUUAGUAAGUACUAACUUUAGGAAGAGGUCAGCUAGAUUCUAUUUCAAAACUUCUACAAUUUUGCAUACCUGUUUCGAGUGAUGGGGGCAAAAAGCUGAAUCUUUUACGUUUAUAAAUAAAGCCCUCUGCCUAUUGUAGAGACCCUGAGAGCAUCGGUAACUUCCUUCCUGGCUGAGAUGAUAUUUCAGAGACGUUCACUUGGACUAUGAGGUCAGUAACGAGGGGCUCCUCCUGCACUAUCUCUGCUGCAGACACAUAUACUGAUUCUGAAGAGACAUGAAGUCACGCAGGAGCUGCUGGUCUAUUCUGCUGUUCCUCGGUUCCUCCCAUGCUCUUCUCAUUGACAUUCUUCAGGAUUCAGUCAAUGGAACUAUCAAUCAUUCUGUCCUUCUGCCCGUCUCCUACAGGCUCCAGGAACCAUUUCCCUUUCCUCUGUCCAUUCAGUGGCGUUUCAGUAACUCCCCUAAUCCACUCACCACCUACACAAUGACUAACUGCUCUGUCAGUGAUGAGGGGAUUCCCAUCCACUGCUCUGGAAAUAAUUUUAUACAUUCCGAAUAUCAAGGCCGGACUGUAUUUUUCCCUGAAAAUGCAUCUUUGCUCCUUCAGAACCUGCAGCUCAGUGACAGCGGAGUCUACAGCAUCACCUUCAAAGUACCACAGCAAACCAGACACAUCACAUUAUCUGUAUCUGAACCUCAUUUCAACCAUGGAAACACAGGCGGUGGAAAUGAAACAACUCAGUCUCCAGACCUUCUCCUUGGACUUCAGAUCACUGGAGGCUUCAGUUUUCUCCUGCUCCUCCUGUUGCUGCUCUUCUGCUGCAGACAGCAUAAGGGUGCAGUUCAGCAGAGGAGGACAAUAAUCAUAAAGCAAGAAGAGGUCCCAAAUCAUGAGGAAUCUCACAUAGAAAGCUCGUCACCAAGGACGGUAUCAACAAUUUAUGCAAAGAUUGGAGAGGACGCUGGGCAGAGGCAGCGCAGAUCAGAGUCACAGACUGAAUACGCCUCUUUAAUCUUCUCUUAACAGCAGCUGUAACCCCAACAUGCGGAGCUGGUUUUAGGCAUGAUCAGCACAUGCAAUUACUCUGGGAGCCAUGCAGUUCAGGAGUGCUGCUGUAAAUAAUCAAAUUAUCCUAUUUAUUGGGAACGGCACAGAAAUGGCAAUAUUGCUUAGAUGGUUUUUCCAGACUUCCCAACUCUUCAGAAGAGUGUAUUCUACACAUGUAAAUGGAUGAUGGAUUAAAUCCAAAGUGUCUUUGUGAACUCAGGACUCAUCUGUUUAGGUGCAGCUUGAGGCACUGAAACCUGUAGAUUAUCGUUAUUGUCUCUUCGUAUUCGGGUAGAGCCUGGAGGUCCCAGUCAAGGAUCAGGAUACCAUUGUGCCAAGCAAUGUACAAACACAAUGUAAAGAUGGUUCCAGCCCCAAAGGGCAUCUUAAGCACUAAUAUGAGUUCCACUGACAUGUACCCUGUUGUGUACUUGCUCCACUACCACUCUGGGUGCAUAUGAUAUGUAGUAUGUGUCGCAUUUGGAGCCACCAGGUGGUAUCCAGAAUAAGAAACUUACUGUAUCUUGUUCUAGGCUCUGCUGUGGUCUGGGUGCUCUGUGAAGAUCCUGGAAUGAGCUGCUUUUUAUUCAUUCUAAAGUAAUUUUGAAAACAUGGAGUGAAGAUAAUACGAAUUGGGUGAGUGGGGUGUGGAAUUGCUACUUAUCUGGGGAAGGAAGAUCUUCCUUUUGCAACUGUUUAAAUUUUUCAUUUGGCAGGAAGCUCAUGUCCAUGGGCUCCCCUUAAUUUGGGAGCCUGGAAAUGUAACAGAGAAUCUUAGAUUCUUUUUAAAGUAAGUUUCUUUCCCUUUCACUGUGAAGAAACCCUUGGUACAUUAA